AUGAGGAGGACGGUGCGCAGGUACGCCCCGCACUGGCUGUUCCCUGAGAGAGUCUACCCAGACUACGUGUCCGGAAGUGCGUACGUAAUAACUGGCACCUCCCUGGAGCUCCUCUUCCAAGAGGCUAUGGACACGCCCCUGCUGCCGAUAGAAGACGUCUUCCUCACCGGGAUAGUAGGCGGUAGCCGACUCGGCAUUCCACUGGUGCACAUUUCUCGCUUCUGGACUGAUGACACGCGGUUCGAAGAGUCAAAGAGGAUCUAUCAUCACUGUGCCUACCAUCACAUGUUGGCCACGCACCACGUUACACCAGAGAUGCUACGACAGAUGUGGAAACCGCUGGUUCAGCUGCAGCCCGCUCGAGAGUGCGACACGUUACUCAUGCACAUUCUGGGGCACCUCUUCACUCCUGGCUCCUACCAAGUUGUAACAGACGACCCAUGGUGAUAAUUGCUGAAUUUCUACCCU